AUGUUCACGACCUUCCCCGUCAGACCUCGAACUCCUACAACAGAAGCUCACAUUGACUCCUUUCCUCGUCCUAUUUCGCCCAAGCCAUCGUUGAAACGAGAACAUCGAGUCGCACGGAUCUAUCAACCCAGUAGCCCAACUUUGCCUCCUAGACCACAGACUGCACAUAUUCAACCCGACAGACCUGCCCCUAUUCUUACGCUCCCAGGUCUGCCUCCGCGUGAAUUGCCUCGCAGUGUUGUCGCCCCGUCCAGGAAGAAGUUCAAGUUCAAUGCAAAGAAUCUGGUUGAUAACGGCCGAUCCUGGCUGGCCCAGCUUCGGCCACCGUGGUCUGAACCCACACCAGAAGUUUCUGUAAUUCCUCCUGUUACGCCUAAAUCCCAUAAAUUUGCCAGUGACGAAGAGUGGGGAUAUACCCCGAAGAGCGCCAAAUUUUCAGCACACAUUGAACAUGAAUUUCACCAAGAGUACAUUCCGGAACUUCAAGAUGAAUACACACGAGACCCCCCUCCGCUUUACAAGAAACAUGCUCCCGAGGGCGGGCUAUAUGGAUGGAUGACGGUGGCUGGAGCAUUUUUGAUUCAAUUCAGCACAAUUGGGUACAUGUUUACAUGGAACGUAUUUGAAGAGCAAUAUACACACGUCGUGCUGGUAGAUCAAAAUUCCAUUGCAGUCAGGUUUAUUGCAAGCGUUCAGUUCUUUUUCGCUUUAUUCCUCUCUAUCGUUUCGGGCAAACUUGCAGACAUCGGAUAUUUCCGCUUCGCCAUCCAUGGAGGUUCCUUUCUUUUCAUAGUCGGUCUAAUGCUGCUAUCUUUCGUUGGAGAAGAGCAAUUUGGAUUGAUUUUUGUCUGCCAAUCCUUGGUGAUGGGAAUGGGAAUGGGCCUCGUACUCGUGCCAACUAUUGCAAUCCCUCUCAAUUAUUUCAAGCGCAGUAGGGGAUUGGUAGCUGGUAUUGUCAUGGGUGGUGGAUCUUUGGGUGGGAUGGUCUUUCCACCAGUUCUAAGGCGCCUUAUUCCCCAUUUUGCAUUGGGCGGUGCGGUUCGUAUCACUGCCUUCGUCGUACUCGGGCUCCUCAUCGUAGGCAACGGACUUUUGCGCACUCCUCCCAAGGAAGAGAAACCUAUCUUCCCACUUCCGCAUCUCGAUUUGGCUAAAUAUUCCAAGGAGAUGGAAUACAUCUUCGCUGCCGGGGCAACGUUCCUCACAAUGCUCAUCAUAUAUUAUCCUGCUAUGUAUCUAGAGCUCUUGGGCUUGGAGAAGGGCGUCAAACCUGAUUUCGCAUUCAAUAUGAUCAUCGUUUUCAGCCUUUCCGGGGUAUUGGGAGGCGUCGCUUUCGGAUUUGCCUCCGAUUUUGUUGGCCCGUGGAACCUUCUAUUGCCCAUCUCUGGAUUUUUGUCAAUUAUGAUGUUCACUACAUGCACGAUUCAAGGGCCUAAAUCGCUUUGUGCCUACGCUUUCUUCUAUGGCAUUUUUGCCGGUGCAUGGUUAUCGCUCAUGGCGACUGCUUUGGCGUCUCUGGCUUCUAGAAACAGUGAAAUUGGCACCCGUAUCGGUCUUGUCCUGACUAUCAGUAGCAUUGGUGCCCUCGCGUCCGAUCUCUUACAAGCGGCCAUGUUGACCCCAAACCACAUUUGGGCAAUCCCUUCUGCCGUCGCUGGUGUCAUCCUCAUUGGUGUUACGGGCCUGCUGUACAUGUCGAGGACUACAAUCGCGGCUGGACAAGCGCCGCGCUCAUGGCGCCGCUUGAAACUACUGAAAGACGUUCCAGUCUUGAAGGACAUGCUCAUGUUGUAG